AUGAACCGCACGCCGCACGCCACGCCUAAUCCGAACCUGGACACCCACUCGGCAGCCUCUUCUCCUCUUUUUCGGAUUACCUGGACGUCGCCUCAACGCCAGAUGUCACUUGAUGAAAGAUGGAGGAGAGCCCUGACCUCCAUCCUGGAGCAGCUGACUCCCUCAGACUUCACUGAUAUGCUGUUCUACCUGGACCAGAUGCCUCAGGGAGUAAAGACCAGCAAGACCAGAGAGCAGAUCCUUGAUCUAAUCAUCCAGUACUACGGGAUAGAAGGGUCCAUCUCUGAAAUAUAUGAGAUAAUGAGGGAGAUACCGAGGAGGGACGCUGCAGUCCAGGACCUGCUGCGCCCCUUUGUGGAGGAGCUGAAGGAACAAGGUCCAAGUGGGACGAUUCAACAGAGGAAUGUCCCAGCAGAGGGCAGCGUCCCAGCAGAGGACAGCGUCCCAGCAGAGGGCAGCGUCCCAGCAGAGGACAGCGUCCCAGCAGAGGACAGCGUCCCAGCAGCGGGCAGCGUUGCAGCAGAGGAAAAGCUGUUAAAAGUCCGGAAAGAGUUCAUAAAAAGAGUGUCUGGUCCAGUUCUGAACCAGAUCCUGGACCAACUCCUGGAGCGUGGUUUCAUAAAUGACGAGGAGAUGCAGUCUGUCUCAACUAAGACCACCAGGGAGGCCAAAGCCCGGGAACUGAACGACCUGGUGCGGAGAAAGGGGAAUAAAGCCAGCGCCCUUCUGAUCCAGACUCUCGGUGACGUCGAUAAAGCCGUUGCAGAAGAGCUGAAGUUGAUCUAAAGCUAAUGAAAGAAACUAUGCAGUUGUUGCUGCUAAGGGGGGCCCAACCAGUUAUUAGGUUUAGGGGGCAAUCACUUUUUCACACAGGACCAUGAAGGUU